AUGGAGAAGGCAGCCGGAGAUAAGAAGCCAAAGAAGGUGGUGAAGAAAGCAGAAGCUGGCGCAACCAAGAAGCCAAAGGCUGCCGCAGUAGCCACGAAAAAACCAAAGGCAGCCGCCGCCAAGAAACCGAAAGCGGCGGCCGAAGGAGCCAAGAAAGCCGCCAAGAAGCCAGCAACUCCCAAGCAGAAGGUUACCAAGCCAUCGAAGCCAGCUGCAGCGAAGCCAAAGACGCCCAAGCCGAAGAAGGCCGCUGCUCCCGCCAAGAAACCAGCUGCCAAGAAGGCCGCUCCAGCAAAGAAGGUCGCCUCAGCCAA